AUGGCAGCAUCUGGUGAUGAUAUGGCAUCUGAGGGUGGUACCCAGGGGAAUGUCACUCUGCAAUUGCAGUGUAGUGCUUCAAGCUCUGCUGAAGAUGUUAGAAAGCUAUUGGAAGAGAAACUAGACCGGCAGCUUACUGGUUAUGUGGUUGUGUUCAAUGGCACUGAGCUUACUACUGUUCAAAGCAUUUUGAAAGACCAAGCUCUUGGUGAUGGAGACCCGGACCAGAUGCUUACUGUGCUUGCAGUUUUAAAUGAGGAGAACCUCAGAAUAGAAAUCACCAGUAUUCAAACUGCUUCUGAAGUCUCAUCAUUUCUAGGAAUCACUUUACGAAAGAGAUUUGCUUUACACAACAGAAUUCGCAAAUGCAUCGCAAUUAACUUGCUUGUUGUAGAUGCUGUUAGCGGUGACGAUGAAGAUAAAACAAAACGUAUUGACGGAAAGGCUUGUCCAGGAAACGGAUCAGGUGAUGGUCCCAUCCAGCUCUGGCAGUUCCUUCUUGAGCUUCUUAUCAACGUUGAAUGCACGAAUUUGAUCAAGUGGACCCAGGAAGAGGAUUAUGAGUUCAAAAUCCUUCAGCCUGCGACAGUGGCAAAGAUGUGGGGUAAGAAAAAGAACAAGCCUACCAUGAACUAUGACAAACUAAGCCGUGGCCUUCGCUACUAUUAUGGCAAGAAUGUCAUUGAGAAGGUCCACGGCAAAAGAUAUGUCUACCAGUUCAUGUGCAAUAUCCCCAAGAUCCUUGGCUACGAUCCCAUGGUUAACAAGUGCGAAGAUUUCGUGGAGGACUCGGUCUGUGGAGGACCAGCGAUGUCGCCUGAAGUUGAAGAUCUGCUUGUUUCCUCUUCAGUUGAAGACGGUAAACUUGCGGGAUCUCUCGACUUUAGUCGUCUGUUCUAGUUUUCCCUUGUUUUUGUUGAUAACCCAAACGUGUCUUACUUCGGUAAUAGUUUUUGUAGCUUGUAUCAAGCGCUAAAUAGGCAGUUAGCCUCAUAUUAGUGCAGAGUGCACUAUUGGGAUGGUUUCAGGGUUGACGUCGGUAAAGCACUAUGGCACUAUGGCACUAUGGCACUAUGGCACUAUGGCACUAUGGCACUAUGGCACUAUGGCACUAUGGC